AUGGUGCUUCGCUCAGAAUCCCUCCGCCAACUCAAAAUCGUGACGCCGCUUCCAGCGUCUUCGCCUGCGCCGCGCGCUUGCGCGACAUGCGGAAGCGUUUCCGCCUCCGCCAUCCCGCCAGCCUGCCGCUGCUUCGAGGAGACGGCCCACGGCGCGCACGGAGCACCAGCGCAGGAAGGGGAUUCCGCGGCGGCGAGCCACCCGCGGGAGUUCAUCUUCGAGGCGUGGAUGCGCCACGUGGGGCCGUCGCUGCGCUCGCUCACUCUCUCGCGCGCCGUUCCCGUCGCUUCGUCCACAAAUUGCGGCGGCGACGGGAGCGUGGUGGUGAACCUGUGGGAGGAGGAGGACGCGAGUCUGCAUCUCGCGCACAUCUCCCGCCACUGCACCAACCUGCGCUCGCUUUCAUUGGGCCACGUGUCCCUCUCCGCGCCGACCCUGCUCGCAACUCUCCAGCCCAUGCCGGCCCUGCAGCACCUCUCGCUCUCGUGGCUGCACGCGUGCCCCGCCGCGCUUCACGCCGUGCUUGACGCCGCGCCGAAUCUUCGCCAACUAACUAUUUUCAUGGCGUCGGGUCUUCCGCGCUUACAUCUGCGCCUUCCGCCGUCCCUCCAGCACCUCUCGCUCUCCUACGUCCGCGCGGACUCCGUCGCGCUUCUCUCCGCGCGCUCCCUCCAAUCUCUCUCUAUCCGCGACAUGUUUCUCCGCUCGUUCUCCGUCCGCGACGCGCCCAAUCUGCGCCAACUCUCCGUUGCCUCCGCUAACAGCCUGCUCGUCUCCGCGCCUCACUCGAGUCGGCUCGCGUCGAUCGACCUCCGCGCGGGCUCGCUCAACUGGCCCGCCAUCGAAACCCUAAUCUCAACCAAUGGGGCUGCGCUCGAGUCGCUCUCCCUCGACUUUUUUACCACCACCAACACAUUGGGCCUUCCCUCGGUGGCUGAUGCUGCACUGGCCGAGCCCACUCAGCCUGUGGGUUACUGGCCUGCACUGACAGCAGCAGAGCGACAGCACCAGCUGUUUUUGAAGGGUCUGGACUGCCUCCAAAGGCGGUUUGGGUGCUUCCAUGUUGCCUCCCCUAUGCUUUACAGGCGGGAAACUGCCUGA